AACCUUUCCAAUGUCGAGUGAAAACUUUAAAAAUUAAAAUAUGAAAUGGUUGAUGAAUUACUGAACUAAUUAUAUGGUCUGUCAGUCUGUCGGCCAUUGUAAUUUAACUCUAAUUCUUAAGCAUUUACGUCACUUCAAGGCAGUCAAAGAAAAGAUGAUUUCGGAUACUUUAGUUCAACCAUAUUUGCCAUAUCAUAUUAUACAUUCUUUUGUUUACGGGAAAACCAUUCACGAAGGCCUUGGUAAAAGAAUUCACAAAUCCACAUACACAUGUCUAUUCAUCACUUUGUUCCCAUUAAGUCUGUCCAAAAUAUAUAAGCUAGAAUGUAUUAGUGACCAUCAGUUGACCGUCGGAGCAGACGGUGAAGACAAGUUUCAAUUUCACAAUGAUUUCUACACUGGUAAUCGUAACAGGAUUAAUAGCAGCAGUAUUUGCGGACCCAGCCGUGAUUAUAAGCAAUGGCUAUCUAUCGUCACCGUUGACAUCUGCAGCCCUUGUAGCUCCAGGAGCCGCUCCCGUGGUAGGUGUGGGACCAGUGUCACCAUUAGCCCCACUGCCAUCUGUUGCAUCUUUAGCUGUACCAUACGCUACAGUAUCAGAUUACAGAUACGCUUACGGAUCCUCACUGAGCUACCAAGAUUAUGCGCCAGCUGUCAGCUCUGCAUUAACUCUGCCUUACUCUUUGCCGUAUGCCUAUGCCGCCGAUUGGUACUAUAGAAACUAAUAAUAACCAUAAGAAGGACCCCUUUCCAACGUUUUGUUUAAAUCAUUGAAAUGAUAUUUUCACGAUAUAUUUUGUAAUUGGAUUGUUGUUAUGUUUAAACCAAAUAAAUAUUUAUUUAAAUCUC